GGCUCAGGUGAGCCAGCUGCGCCUCUGCCCUCAGAGCAUUGCUUGCACCCCCAGGUCUCCGAACUCCUCGCUUGCCUUGUUUCUCGCCGCAUUUUCCAGGAUCCCCAUAACUCAAGGGUCUGCCCAGGUUGGCUUGAACUUGUGCUCCUCUUGCUUCAGCCUCUCAAGCAGGCCCACAAUGGAUGCCCUGCAGCUGGCAAAUUCGGCUUUUGCUGUUGACCUGUUCAAACAACUGUGUGAAAAGGAGCCAGAGGGCAAUGUCCUUUUCUCUCCAAUCUGUCUCUCCACCUCUCUGUCGCUUGCUCAAGUAGGUGCCAAAGGGGACACAGCAAAUGAAAUUGGACAGGUCCUUCAUUUUGAAAACGUCAAAGAUGUGCCCUUUGGAUUUCAAACAGUUACCUCGGAUGUAAAUAAACUUAGUUCCUUUUACUCUUUGAAGCUAAUCAAGCGGCUCUAUGUAGACAAGUCUCUGAACCCUUCUACAGAAUUCCUCAGCUCUACAAAGAGACCAUAUGCAAAAGAAUUGGAAACUGUUGAUUUCAAAGAUAAACUGGAUGAAACAAAGGUUCAGAUCAACAACUCUAUUAAGGAUCUCACAGACGGCCACUUUGAGAACAUUUUAUCUGACAACAGUGUGAGUGACCAGACCAAAAUCCUUGUGGUAAAUGCGGCCUACUUUAUUGGAAAGUGGAUGAAGAAAUUUCCUGAAUCAGAAACAAAGGAAUGCCCUUUCAGAGUCAGCAAGACAAACACCAAACCAGUGCAAAUGAUGAAUAUGGAGGCCACAUUCUGCAUGGGGAGCAUUGAUGAUAUCAGUUGUAAGAUCAUAGAGCUUCCUUUUCAAAACAAGCACCUCAGCAUGCUCAUCCUGCUCCCCAAGGAUGUGGAGGAUGAGUCCACGGGCUUGGAGAAGAUUGAAAAACAACUCAACUCAGAGACACUGUUGCGGUGGACCAACCCCAGCACCAUGGCCAAUGCCAAAGUCAAACUCUCCCUUCCAAAGUUUAAGGUGGAAAAAAUGGUCGAUCCUAAGGCUAGUCUGGAAAACUUAGGGCUGAAAAGUUUAUUUAGUGAAAGUACAUCUGAUUUCUCUGGAAUGUCAGAAACCAAGGGAGUGGCCCUAUCCAACGUGAUUCACAAAGUGUGCUUAGAAAUAGCUGAAGAUGGUGGAGAUUCCAUAGAGGUGCCAGGAUCCCGGAUCCUGCAACACAAGGAUGAAUUCAAUGCCGACCACCCAUUCAUUUACCUCGUCAGGCACAACAAAACGCGAAACAUCAUUUUCUUUGGCAAGUUCUGUUCUCCUUAAGUAGUAUAUCCCAAGUUAAGUCCCUCUUGAUUUAUCUGUGGAUGCAGAUUUCUAUAAACUCUGCAUCCAGAGAAUCACUUUUUAAAUGCAAUAAAUUGUUAACAUUGCUGGAUCAGGAAGCAGCUGGUACUUGUCAUGUGUAGCCUUCACAUUAACAGGCCCUUCUUUUCUAAUUCCUUUGUUUCAUUUUUUUUUUUUUUACCUCCAUAAAAGAAAAUAACGUAUACUUUUAAUGAAGAAGAAGCACAUUAGAGGAACAAAAUAUUCUUUAUCUGUCAAACUGUCCAGGGUUUUGGGCAAAAUGGUCUUCCACAUGAAAGAAUUCCUAUCGGGAAGAUCUGGAGGAUCUUGUUCCCAGCAUUUACCUUUCUUCACCAGGACAUAGAAUAUUCUAGAUAUCCUGAAAAUCUAAGGAAACUCUAGUGCAUAGGACCCACAAAAGUGCCCUCACCCAGUGAAAUAUGCACACAUAUACCCUCUACUGUGCAAGGCCUUCUGUUAAACUUUGGGAGACAAAUUUUCUUUUUUCUCAAACUUUGAAGUUUUGGGAUUUUAGGAAGAUAAUGUGCACCUACAGUUCAGUGCUUUUGGUGUGCUCUAGAAAUCCAUCAAUGGGGUCUGCACCAGCACUGUAUAAAUCAGUGCCUUCAUAGUUCUGUAGUGAAUAUUCACAUAAAAUGGACAAAUGAAGAAUAUAGUCAAUAAGUGGUCAAAUUUUGCUGACAAAUGAGUGUGCUACUGGCUUAUAAAAACACUUUGUGGAACUUUUCAGAUUUUGGAAUGCUGGAUAAAGAAUUGUAGACCUAUACUAUUAUAAGACACUAAAAGGAAACACAGCUUUUAUUUAAAAAUUGGUUUUCAUUCCUAGUGGAUGUCUCACCUGGUCAUUUGGUGCUGGCCUGGUGUCAGGGCUUCCGACUCAUCUGGUAAAGGGACUUAAAAUGCACAAGGACUCUCCCAGUAGCCAAUAAUAAUAAAAAAAAAAAACAAAGAACUUUUGGUGUUGAAGGACAUUGGCUCUGUCUAAUGUGAUGGAGAAAAAAAAGAAACUUAAAACCCCUAGAAAAUAUAAGUAAAGCUAUUAAAGUACUCAAAAUGCCUUGAUA